AGGGGUGUGGCGGCGGCGGAGCCGAGCCCGUCCGAGCCGGCACCUUCGGGCGUCCCUGUCCCACGUGACUGUCGCCUCCUCCCUCCUCCGAGUCGCGCGCACGGGCCGGGCGUCUCGACUCCCGCGCGCGCUCGACUGGUCCCAGUCCCCGGGAGAAGAAGCGGAGGAGGGAGCCAGCGAGGCGGCCCGGGGGAGCGGGCGCGAGCGGCGGCUGCCGGGGCCGCCUGUGCACCGCGGCGAGGGUGGCGGUGGCCUGAACAGCGCGAGUGUGAUGAGGCUGCCCUGCCUCGCUGCUCCGCUCGCCGCCAGCUGACAGAGCCUGCCCGCAGCACGCCCGGAGGGGAGCCGCGGGGCCGUGACCUUGGCCGAGGAGGGCAGACUGAUAAUCCUUGUAACCGAGGGACCAAGUUCUGGGUGAAAUGGCCCAGGGGAAUAAUUAUGGACAGACCAGCAACGGGGUGGCAGACGAAUCACCCAACAUGCUGGUGUACAGAAAGAUGGAAGAUGUCAUAGCACGAAUGCAAGAUGAAAAGAAUGGAAUUCCCAUCCGUACUGUCAAAAGUUUCCUUUCCAAGAUACCUAGUGUCUUCUCUGGGUCAGACAUUGUUCAGUGGUUAAUAAAGAACUUAACUAUAGAAGACCCAGUGGAGGCUCUCCAUUUGGGAACGCUAAUGGCUGCCCACGGCUACUUCUUUCCCAUCUCAGAUCAUGUCCUCACACUCAAAGAUGAUGGCACCUUCUACCGGUUUCAAACACCCUAUUUUUGGCCAUCCAAUUGUUGGGAGCCAGAAAACACAGACUAUGCUGUUUACCUCUGCAAGAGAACAAUGCAAAACAAGGCAAGGCUAGAGCUAGCAGAUUAUGAAGCUGAAAGCCUGGCCAGGCUGCAGAGAGCAUUUGCCCGGAAGUGGGAGUUCAUUUUCAUGCAAGCAGAAGCACAAGCAAAAGUGGACAAGAAAAGAGACAAAAUCGAAAGGAAGAUUCUCGACAGCCAAGAGAGAGCAUUCUGGGAUGUCCACAGGCCUGUGCCUGGAUGUGUAAAUACCACAGAAGUAGACAUUAAGAAGUCAUCCCGAAUGAGAAACCCACACAAAACACGCAAGUCAGUCUAUGGUUUACAAAAUGACAUCCGAAGCCACAGUCCCACCCACACACCUACACCAGAAACCAAGCCUCCUACGGAAGACGAACUGCACCAACAGAUAAAAUACUGGCAAAUACAGUUAGAUAGACAUCGAUUAAAAAUGUCCAAAGUUGCUGAUAGCCUACUAAGUUAUACAGAACAGUAUAUAGAGUAUGACCCAUUUCUUGUGCCACCUGACCCUUCCAACCCAUGGCUCUCGGAUGAUACUACUUUCUGGGAACUUGAAGCAAGCAAAGAACCAAGCCAACAGAGAGUAAAGCGAUGGGGUUUUGGCAUGGAUGAGGCAUUGAAAGACCCAGUUGGGAGAGAGCAGUUCCUUAAGUUUCUAGAAUCAGAAUUCAGCUCAGAGAACUUAAGGUUCUGGCUGGCAGUGGAGGACCUGAAGAAAAGGCCUAUCCGAGAAGUACCCUCUCGAGUGCAGGAAAUAUGGCAAGAAUUUCUGGCUCCUGGGGCCCCCAGUGCCAUUAACUUGGAUUCUAAGAGUUAUGACAAGACCACACAGAAUGUGAAGGAACCAGGACGAUACACGUUUGAAGAUGCUCAGGAGCACAUUUACAAGCUGAUGAAGAGCGACUCAUACCCCCGCUUUAUAAGAUCUAGUGCCUACCAGGAACUUCUACAGGCAAAGAGAAAGGGCAGAAACAUCCCUAUUUUCCCAUGCCAUAAAAACUGUACACCAACACUGAGGGCCAGCACUAACCUGUUAUGAAAAGAGGGGAAAUCUCUCACAUCCAAGAGGUUAACAAGCCUUGUUCAGUCUUACUAAAAGGAUCAUCUUUGUGACAUGAAAGCUGAAUGGAGCCAUCGCCCAUACCUUGUAGCCCAUUGCUGUUACCUGGAGCCGAGGACGUUAGACCAAGAUGUUGCAUGAAUGAAGGACCUGAAUUGUUUUCUGUGUGCACAUUAAGGCAUCACCAUCGCCAAGGGACUCUGCCAUCUCAUUGCCUCCAUCUCCACCUGUUGUCUGCUUCCUUUCCGCCUCUUAUGAAGCUGGAUCUGUGUCUUUUCCUUUUUUAACCAGUUCAAGUGAAGUAAACCUUUAUUCCCCCCCCCCUCCCCUUCCUCUCUUUUUCUUAAAGCUUCUACUAGAUACACAGUUCACUGAAAAUUCAGUCAGUCAUACACUGGAAGAAUUGUAAAAGAAAAAAAAAGUAUAUAUCAAUAAGUAUACACAUGGCUUCACAUUUAUUAAAUAACAAAUUAGCACAGAAGGAGUCAUUUCACCCUUGUAUCCACAGUCUGAAACGAAUGCCUAUCUUCGUCUAUUCUCCGACAUUGUCUGUUCAUGUUUCUCGUGUUUAUUUUUAUACCAUAUUUAAAUGAGGAAACACCUUUUACUCCAAAUGUAUCAAAGUUGACCUCUUCUCUGUAAAUUUGUGUAUGUUUAUAUUGUUGUUUUAUCUUUCAUUAAAAGAUGCAGAAUCUCA